AUGCAAAUAUAUAUAUCUCCACAAAAUGAUGAUCAUACUACAGCCUGCAAAACCGACAUCAAAUUUUGUGAAAUACCAUAUCUAAAGAAUGGACCUCUUGACCAAACAGACAAAAGUCAUUACCGGGAUCUAUUGGCCUCACUUAAACCAAUCUGCUGGAUCUUUUGCGCUUCUCCUGGAUCAUAUGCAUGUGAAAAGCAGCUGGCAGAUUUUGUACAAUUGUGCAUCGAUGAAGUGGUUCUCCCCUGUCUUGUUUGCACUAAUAUGUGGGGUGGUAACAACCGUCUUCGGAUCCUAAAGACUUUUGAGAAAAUGAUGAAUGAUCACAGUAGAAUUCAAUUAUCAGAAAGUGUUGACUGGCGAAAGACUUUUGUUGUUAAUUUUCAUAAGGGCUUGGUUGCACGCGUGAAUAGUAGUAAAUAUGAGGAUACAUUAUUAAAAUGUGAAAAAGAAGUCGCAGGUGUUGAUGAACUACUCGAAGAAAUCUCACGCACGUCACAAAAGCGGAACUUUAGUCAAUGGGUGUUGAUGCGAAAAAACGAUAAAACUGUGGCUGUUACUAAGAUACGUACAAUAAAGUCUCCCGAAACUACUUCCAACGGUUCUGGCUCACGAUUUGAUUCAUCACGAGGCAACUUAUUAUGUGCUUCAAAUCAAGACCCAAUAAGUGGCGUGAUGGGGAAGUGUGACGAUCGAAAUUUUGGAAAAGGUCAAAAAUUCCAAUCCUCGAACCAGCCUUUAGGAUACAGUAGAAGUAAGCCGAGGGAUAAUUUCAUUAUUAAAUUUGAAUCGAAUAUCGUAAAUAUUUCAGAAGCGAGUGGAUCAGCAGAGAACUUGUUGAGAUACACUAAACAUGAAGAUGCACGAAACUCUGACGAGCCACAUUUAAAAGUUUUAAACAGUACUUAUUCCUUUUCUGAGACUCUUUAUGGCUAUCUACAAAGUCGAUUAACAUUACCUACUCCAAGAAUGUUGUUCCAUCUAUUUCAUAAUAUCUGUCAAAAGAUGGCCAAUGAACCGUCUUUGAAAGCGAGAAAGUUGAACGGUCAGCUGAAUUGUCAUAAUGUGCAACUGAAGUGGUCAAACAACACGAAUAAAGUUGAGUCGAUGGAUUUUGAAAUUCAUUUAUUCACUUGCUCAGAAUGCAGUAAUCGCUAUAUAGCUCCAGAAUUACUUCUUGACUCAGUUAGUGCAACAGAUAGUAAUUCUUAUGUAGAAGCAUCAAACGUUUACUCAAUGGGGAUUCUUAUGUGGCAAGCAUACUCGCGUGGCCAGGAACCAUGGGUACUUUAUCGAAAUGAAAAUCGUGUACGGGAUGUGAUUUUAUCGGAUAGCAAACUGUCUCUACCUGACGCAUGUGAAGAUGACAUUUGGGACCAAAUCUCGCUUUGUAUGUCUAUUAGACCAGGCGAACGCCCCACUUUUCAAGAUCUACAGAAAUUCUUCGAGUGUCGAUUGAAGCAGAUCCCACCUAUAUCAAUUCGUAGCCCAAAACAAGCAACAAUAGACGCUAUUACAAGCCUGAAAAAACAAUUUAAAGAAUUUUUUUCAAAACAUUAUGAUUCUUGUGAAGAUGGGGUAUCAGAAUCCGUUACUAUUAAAAUGUUUACGAACCGGCAAAAUCAUCGCGUGUUUUUGAAUUUGGGGCCUGUCGAUGACCUUGAGAAGAUUCGUUUAGAACGAGAAGCUAUGGACAACGACGAAUUUUUUCCACAUCUUGCUGAGCAAUGGAAUGAAUAUCAACAAGGUGGUAACAUUAUAGAAGUUUUUGAGAAGAAUAAGCAUAUUCUAUGCUGGCAAUUUUUACUUUAUCAAAUAGCAAUGCGAGGAACAUCUCUUUUUUCAUGUUGGGAAUUGCUUUUAGCUAUCGUCGAAAGACGAUUGGCAAAGCGAGAUUAUGAAAUGGAGAUUUCUUGGCUGUAUCAAAUGGUAAGUUAA